UCAGCUCCAAUCUUACGGACCAACCCACGCAUUCUCGGACAGUUCAACCCAGAGGUGCUGGCAUCCCCUUGGCUGUUGCUCCAAUCCCAUCAACGCAACUCUCCAACUCUCUCAUGGAAAUCUCGCCAGUCUCAUCGACCGCUGCUCCCCUGGAGUCGGCCUCGGCCAUCAUGCCGAGCCACAUGCGGGUGAUUGCUGACCCCCCCAUCCUGCCCAGCAACACCACUCCCAUCUCGGCUGGCCUGCCCUCCAGCAGCCAUCUGUCUGCGCAUGCCGCCCCUUCGCUGCAGCCACUGCAGACCCGCUUCUACAACUCGCCUCCUAUAUACCCGCAGCCUCAUCCCCAGGUCCCCUCUCAAUACUCUCGUCCGGCCCAUCCACCAUCAUCGGCCCCGUUGUCGUCGUCGUCGCCGGCCCAGCAGCAUCCCGGCCAUCUCUCCCAGCCCUUCGACAUGAGUUCCGGCCUUGCCUCCCAGGCUGUCCUGCCUCCACACUCCCAACCCCAGCGACAUCUCUAUGACGCCGCGAGUCCGGCCCGCGAAACGUCAAAGUCCCAGGACCCAGCUGCGCUGCCGUCUGCCGGACACUUUGCUUAUUCCACACCCCCGGGCUCCAAUCCCCUGUCGCCAUUCGGAGGCCAGUCUCCUCGCAUCGAUACUGGGUCGCUGCCGCAGGGCCAGCAGCCUCAUCUCGCCGGGCUCCAGACCCAUCUCGCUGCCUCCCUGCCAAUGCCUUCGCCAGUCUCGUCGUCGCCCAUGGCGCCCUAUCCGCCACAGACCUCGCUCAACUCGGCACCGGGCCAGCAUGCAAUCUAUUCAUCGGCCCCGGCGUCGGCCCCAGCAUCGACCGAGCCGUCUCGUCGAUCCCGGUCGUUCUCGCAUCAACCGUCGCCGCCGAGCUCAAUGUUCCAACAGAGCAUGGGCGCACCACCGCUGGAUCAGUACAGCCCCAACUCUCUGCCUCCGCCGCCGUCGUUCUCGAACCCUCAGUUCGGCUAUCCACCGUCGGUCGCUUCGGGCGCACCCCGGGUGGAUGUCCUGCCGCAACGCUUCUACCCAUCGAUGGCCUCGGCCCCACCCGUGCCCUCCCACUUUCCCAAUGGCGGUACACCUAUGGGCCCGCCGGCGGACAUGGAGACUGCUCGCCGUUCAUCUAUCCAUGGCUAUCCAGGCUACUCGCAGCCGGUCCUGCAGUCGUCGAUGCAGCAGCGAUCCAUGCAUCCCGGAGCACAGCACGCGCGGGCACACCCCCAAUCGUUUCCCAUGGUCUCGGCCAAUCCCGAGAACAUGGCAUAUGGGAUGCAUCCGCCGGCAGAUCCUGGCCCGUACGAGUCGUAUCCUCCUCAUCCGUCGCACCCGCCACCUCCGUCCGGGUCGCUGGUACACAUGACCCCGUACUCGGACCCGAUCCCCACGCCCUCACGGACCUACAAUCUCUCGAUCCCGAUCCAGCUGCUACCAAAGUCUCCUCAUUCGGCCGCACCGCAGCUGGGCGACGAUCUCUCCUCGCCCACCAGUCAGUCACCGCUGGAUCCGGCAGACAAAUCCGCCGCUGCUGCCCUCUCGAGCCCCGAGGCCGGCAAAUCGGGAUCGGGAGACCCCCGCCCUAUCAAGGAAAAGCGGCAUACAUGCCCCGUCUGCAAGCAGAUGUUUUCCAGAAAGUACAAUAUGAAUCAGCACAUGUUUGUUCAUGGCGACAACCGCACGCGCGACCAUUCUUGCGGGAAAUGCGGCCGCUCGUACUAUCGCUCCGCUGAUCUCCGCCGACACCUCCGAAGCCAUGACGCUGAAGAUCCGCACAGGAUUGAUCAUGGCCUCGCUGAUGCGAGCCUGUCGGACUCGGCGAUCCCGACACACGAUCUCCCUCCGGUCCCCGAUAUGGCCAGAGGACCUGCGUCGGCCGCCUCUGCGCCUGGCAGCGCUCCGUACACAGGACCUGCAGCAUGGUUGAUGCCCGAGCCCGGGCUGGGCGAGCGACCGUACAGCGGUGGUCUCCAGGAGAGCUACUACAACCCUAUCCCGCCAGCGUCGUCGCAUCCGGGCCUCAUGGGCAGCUAUUCCGCCCCGUCUCAGUUCUCAUAUGGGCCGUACUACCAGCCGCCCCCGGUGGCCUUCCACAACGGCAUCAUGGGCUCGGAGCAGGGUCUCCAGCCCCCUCCUCCAGCUCCUCCACCUCCUCACUCGGUCCCGGCCCCAGCUCUCGAUGGGCUCCGGCAUCCCCAACCCGCGACCAAGUCGCUGCCGCUGGGAUAUCAUCCUCCGAUCAAGCCCGAUGGCGACGACUAUCGAUCCGUGCACGGCAACGAGUACCAGCAAGUCUUCCGAGGCGACCACGGCAGCGAGGGUGGCGGUGGAGGAGGAGGAUCAUCACGCCGACCCGACCUGAGCUUCCACAAAGUGAUUGAGAACCAGUCCUAAUCGUUACUGUUUGUCCAUCGGCCUGCUUGUCUAUCGGCCUGUUUGUCCAUCGACCUGUCUGUCGGUCCAUCGACUCGUCCGCCCA